GUCACCUAAACACUCUAUCGGGUCUUUUAUGUACCCCGGUCACUGAAUAGCUCCUCUGCGUUUAACAGGUAUAAUCAUUAACUGCGUCAUAACUGUUCGUUUGUUCUGAUGGUCAAGUUUCUGGGGAAAACAAAGAAAGUCAAGAGGAUGAUCCAAUUAAAUCUCCACCAGGAGCGGCGACCGACAAAGUGGUAUCAAAGAGGACCGCCACUUGUCUUUCUUUGAGUUGUGGUCUGGUCGUUGAAGAGGGAUGUGGUAUAUGGGGCUUGGGGUGGACCUGGUUCCUUCAUAAUCUUCCAAGACUUGGUCAUAGAAGGUGUAAGUCCAUAGUGCAGGAACUUGUAUCAGGGCAACGUCACCGCACCCUCUUGAGUGAUCAACACCAACAGCAGUAUACUACCUUGGAAUACGACAGAGUUCAGAAAGCGAUUUAUAAUAAAAACUCACUUUUCAAUAUUUCGUUUGUUCUGCUUAUAAAGAGCGAGCUGGUAUCAGAAUGUUCCCAGUUUGUGAUGACGAUGCGGCACGGUGUGUCCCGGCCGCUGAGUUCUUUGGAGAUGUGAUGAAACUUAGCAGAGACGUUACAGGGCGUUUACCCAACUACCAUCCCCCCGACUCAACCAGUACAACCUCGCACACGGCGUCGCAUCACCACCACCACCAUCACUGCGACGCGGCCAGUGACCACGUGACUUCUCCCCACCACGGAGCAGGCGCCACGAACGAGGAAGAAAUGAACGCACUGAGGCACAGGCGGCGCCGCAGUCGUACCAUAUACACACGGCUGCAGCUAGAGAGCCUGGAGCAGGUUUUCAGGAAGAAUAAAUACCCAGAUAUAAACUCAAGAGAAGCGCUAGCUGAUGCCAUCGAUCUCACCGAAGCCAGAGUUCAGGUAUGGUUCCAAAAUCGUCGGGCACGGGAAAGACGGCAAGAACGUUCAGGGAAGAGCUCUCCGGAUAGUCGUCAAAGUCCGACCUACCGACAACAAGCAUCUGACUUCAGGAGCGACAGCCAAUAUUACCACGAGAUCAUCGGCGAAGCCGCUGGUCGUUUGAUGAACAAGACCGAUGGCAGUCAAAGAAUCAAGCAAGAACUCGAUUGGAGCUCUGGCGUAAAAACGUCGAAGGUUUCCCCUCUUAUGUCCAUUGAGUUUUUAUCAAAGAGUAGCCGCGAUGAAGCUGAUUCCUCCGCAAAGACUACCCAGUCUCUCCAUCAAGGUUAUAAAUACAACCACAAACAGAAACACCAACUGAAACAACUCUCUUCUUUUCAAUCAUCACCGGAUCUCUACGCCAGGUCCACUCUUCAUGCCAACGUCAAAGACAUUUCUGCUUCAGGACACAGCCCGAUGGCACGACAUCAUUCCCCGUCUCUACAUGUUGACGUUGCGGACGUCGACGGUGACUACCAGAAACUGUCAUCACACCCUUAUUACCCGACCACCGAGACUUCGCUGAAGUAUGCUUACUAUCUUGGAGUUCCUCUUGUAUCUUUCCAACCGAUGAAUUGCAAAGACGCCCACUAAUUGUAAACUGCACUGGGAACCGGUAGAAGAAAUGGACUUAGUGUCGAUGAUAGAGGCAAAUUUUCCAGUUCAACUCUAUACAAAGACUGGCAUCAGCAUGCACCUUGAUACCUUUAGAUUUGAUAUUAUAUACAAUUUUGUCAACCUUAAAAUUUAUACGAAUUAUAACUAUUUCAGCUUUAAUUAUGCUUUGUCAUAUACAUCAAAAUAAUUGGGGAGGAAAUAAACAUAAACCAUCAAGACAUUAUGCUAAAUUACUAAUGUUCCAUAAUUUGUUCACCUAAUAAAUUUUGGGUCUUUCUGUUGAAGGUCAAGUCCACCCCAAUAAAAUUCGGUUUUACAUGAAUAAAAAGAGAAAAAUCGAAAAAUAAGCUUGACGCUCUAAAAUCUAAAUCUGAAAGCCAAAAAUAAUGACAUUUAAUUUUUUUUCAUUUUCCUAAAACAAGUAUCUGGACACCCUGUUCAGUAUGACAUCACCAUCACUAUAUCUUUUGUAUUUUAUUGUAUGCUUUUAAAAAAUUUAUUUGGGGUGGAAUUGACCUUUAAGGAAAAAACACAAUUAACUAUAUGACAAUAACACUGCAUGUGUUGAUAAUUUCGCUUUUAGAAACAUCUGUUUUAGCGCCUUACAAAAUUAUCAUUAUAAAUGGUAUGAAAACGAAAAUCAGACCCAGUUUUGAUUUGAUUGAUUUUCCAUCAUAAUUUUGUUUACUCAACUUGAUAUAGGAUUUCGCCCUUGUCUAUUUUAUAAGGGCCUUACGGACAAGGGGUUCGUGAGGGUUGCACGAUACUCCUUUAGAAGAGUAAAUAGCACCCCAAAAAGGGCAAAUGUCGAUUUUUUUUUAGGUAAUAGGCAUAACUUUUUUAUCUUCUCUGUGCUUAAUAUCAUUCGUAUAAGGAAGUAUGUCGACCCAUUCUUCCUUUAUUGUUCGAUUUUUUUUUGUCAAUGGGAGUCCCCUCUCAAGAAUGAUGAUAGUACGGGUUCGUACACACGGUAUCUUUCAUUUAAAUUAUUUGACGCUGCCAUGCAAGCGUGACAUUCUACUUGCCUUACUUGCUCUUAUUAUGUUGUAAAUAAGAUGUGUGGUAUAAAAUUAUUAUUACCUCAUAAUUAUCUGAAAUAUUUAUUAAGAUAUUUGUCUAGUGAUGAAAUUUGAAUUUGUAUUGUAUUUCUCGAUAAUUUCCUUUGAUCUUCAAAUAAAUGAUGAAAAUUUA